AUGGGGCAUGCAGCGAGCAGCUGUUGUGCUAAAGAUGAGAAGCCAGCCGCUGUCGAAGACAUUGACGCUGGUUCCAAAGGGGCUUCAGUUGACACGACCCAAUCUGCUGUAUUCGACAAAAAGAUCAGUUGCAGCAGUGUGGACAGCGUGGUCAGUGUGGCCCAAAGCGUCGAUCUUACACACACUGGCAGCUCCCUUAGCUUGCUGCGGGGCAUAUUUCUUCGUAAGACGUUUCGGGGUGGAGGAAGCAUUUGGCGGCGCAAACCUGCAAAUCUGACAGAUGAGCAGCUAUCUGUCAAUUUUGCGCUUUCCGAGCCAGUUCGAAGCCUUGACGUUUUCUUGUCGCAUACUUGGCUGACGCCUGGAAGGUGGAAGUUCUUGUCGCUUCUUGUCCGCUAUGGCUGGCCCAUCAUGUUGGUUGCGUGGGCAUUUGGCACAGCAUUGUCUUGCCUCUUUACUUUGCUCGGUGCGCUGCCACUGUUCUACAAAGAAUGGGAAUUCCACGGAAUCGGCUUUGAUGAGGUCAUGUCCAUGGGCUUCUGGGCUACCCUGGCAGGCGUAGCUUCCUCAACAGGAGGAUUGCUGCUGUCCCCCUACAUGUGCGGCAAGGACCGCAGAUGUUUCCUGGAUUGCACCUGCAUCGAUCAGACCGACGAGGCCCGGAUGCAAGAAGGAAUCCGCAACAUCGGAGGCUUCCUCCAAUCAGCUGAGGAGCUACAUGUCUUGUGGACUGCCCCGUACCUGACGAGGUGGUGUGUCUUCGACCUUGCAGCAUACCACAAGCUUAACCCUUCUGGAAAGGUCACCAUCGCUCCGGUCUUCGUGGAAGCCAUUGUGUGCUUGCUUCUCGUGUACAUGCAUGUGGCCUCCUGGCUCUUCGUGGCUCUCAGGAUCAGUUCAACUGGUGGCACCUUGUGGAUAUGGAUUGUCUUAGCUUGCAUGGCUGGAUCCUUCUUCCCGCUAAUGCACGCAUGCCGACACAUCUGCAGCUAUAAGCGGGUUAUGUUGGCCAACUUGGGCAACUUUGACUUUGAGAAUUUGGCGUGCGCGAAUGAGUGCGACAGGGCCAUCAUCCGGGAAGCUAUAGCGCGCUGGUAUGGCAGCGUGGUUUGGACCUUCGCUGCAGUCAUGUUCGCGUUGGAUUGGCUUUGGUAUCCUGCCGUCAUUGGUUCUGGUCUCUACGCCUGCGACCGAUGGGCAAGAGAGUGGUCCUACAACCCUGCCGCGGUAUUUCAGACGAUCGGAAUUGGUCUCAUGGUAUGGCUGCUUUUUGCGCUGGGUACGGGAACUGCUUAUUCGGUGAAUCGGGGGGACUUACCAUAUCCUUGGUCCUUGCCGCUGUGGAUCGGGUCUGCUUUUCUCUCUUUGCAUUCAUUGUGUGGAGGCGUGGAUUGUUCAUGUUACGCUUGUUUUGGCUGGUUCCAGAUGCCAAAUUCAUGUCCCAGCAUGAGAUUACUUGGAGAAGGUCGCACUUGUAAAGGAGGACUCGAACAAUGA